AGCCCUUGACUUUGGAAGAUUCUGGAGACCUAUUGGCCCAAUGGCGGCUGCGGCGUCGGCUUGAAGAUGCCAAGCAAUCUGAAUUGAUGAUGGCUCGCUCUAUGACACAACGGCCUCUCUGUCUUUCAUGCAACUCUGUUGCAUCAUCCAGUUCUUCCAAAUGUAUGCAGCCUCUAGAACCUAACAAUGGCGAAUUUUGGCCACCUAAUCCAUUUUCCAAUGUCAUAUCAAAGAGUGAUGCUGGCGUACAAUGGCAAGCAAUUGAGACUAAAGAGCCGGAACGAGAUACAGAUCUCAUUGGACCACAACCUCUUCGUUCUGUGGCACUUCAGUACUCCAAAAUGGAAAACAUUAAACCCAUCAAUCAAGUCAGUGUUAUGCUUCAGACUCAGCCAAAUCUCAGCAAUUCUGAAGCCUAUAAUCUGUCUACUGGAAUGAAUCAUACUCUUGAUUCGGCUAGGCAAAAUGACCAUUCAACCCAGACUCCAUUAUUCCAGGCGUCUUCUUUACCAGUCACGGGCCUGACUAGAGGUCAUUCUUCGAAAGGUCUGCAGGCUAACCUCUCUGGCUCUGGCACUCCACCCCCUAAGGCAUCUUCAACCAGAGACUACAAGUCCGUAUUUAAUCAGCUCGUCUCUCAGGUAUUUAAAUGGCGUAUUCCAUUUUGUGUCGUGAGUAGAAUUUCAAAACCGUUGAUAGUGAAUAUAUUUGUAAUAUUAACUUCUCUGUUCUUCCAUUAUCUUCAUUAUGUAAUUGUUGGGAAGAUGUUAGAAUACCUUUCAUUUUGUUUGACGUGGCGAGUGGAAAGGGUUCGUAAGUUCACUAAACUUGGUGAGCUAUUGUAA